AUGUCUCCCAAAAAUCCUCCCUUUGAAUGUGGUCAAUCCCCUGCUUCCCCCGUCAUCAAGCGGCUCCGGCGUAUGUUGACCCUGAGUACGGAGGACUUAAUGGACGAUUUUGGUGAGUUCUCGGAGUUUGUCAAAGAGCUUAAUGAUUAUUGCUGGAGGUUGACCAAGGAAGAGAAGCGUUUUCUUGACAGUGUGCUGCGUCUGGAGAAGGAGUUGAAGGAUAGUGCAUCCUUUGUGAUUGCUGUGGAGAAUGUCAAAGAAUGCCAUGCCGAAGUUACCGAAGCUGUCGACAGCCAGAUAGAGAUCACGAAAGAGACCAUGGAUGUGCAGGAGGAGAUCCUGGGUAUAUGCUUUAACGAGGAGCGAAGGGUGGAUGAUCGUUUGGCGAUGUUGAACAAAGAGAUGAAGCCACUCUUGAAGAGGAAGAGGGCUCUUCAGGGUGAGAUUAGGGAUGAUGUUACUAAGCUGAUUUCCAGACGUCACUCUUUGGUGGACCUUUUGGACAAGCAGGGCGAGCUGAAAGAAGAUUUGAAGCCUAUUGAAGAAAACAUGGCCUUGAGUGAUUUUGAACAAGAUACCGUCAACUUCCUUGACUUCUAUGCUCUUAUGGAUACCGCCGACAUUCUUAGGUGUGAGGAGAGAAUGAGAACUAUCUCGAAUGAGGAAAGAUUGGCGUUUUUGGCAAAGGCUCGCCAACAGAAGGCCAAUCUUGUCGUUACUGUGGUUGAUCCGUUGAAGCAGCUGCAUGUGGAGGAAGCUGCUGUAAAAGAAGGGCGAAGCAAGAAGGAACAUGAGGGGCGGAUCCGUGUCGAGAUCCCGGGGAAAACAGCUUCUGGAGCAGAGGGAAACGAGGGUGUUGCUUCUCCUCCUCCCAAAAAGCAAAAGGUUGAGAGUAUCGCUCAAGCUGCCAAGGACGCCUCCAAAGGCAAAGGCGUGGCUUCCAGUUCCUCUCAAGACCCCGAUGCUGGUGCCUCUCUUACUUGGAGCUCCUUUGAUCCUUUUGAGUUCAUUGAAAGAGGGGUGACUAUGGUUGGCGAUAUGACUCGCUUUACCAACACUUCUACUGAGGAUUUGAGGAGGAAGGCUUUGGAGUACGAGGUUAAAGGCACUCUUCUCAACUAUUUGCUGACAAAUCGCCAAGAACAAGAGGUCCAAGAGGCGAAGCAGAAGGUGAAGACCGUUGAUGAUAACCUUGCUGAUAUUGAGAAGAGGUAUACUGAGACCAAGACCAAGCUGGAAGCAGACAUUAAGAAGCUGAAGGAAGAACAGGAAGGCGAGGCGGAGAGGUUGAGGAAAGAGUAUGAGGAGAAGCUGGCUAAGAUUAAAGAAAGCUAUGCCGCUUCUGAGACCAAGCUUAAGGAGAAUGCUGCGGCCCAGAAUGAGAAACUUUCUAAGCUUUCCAAGGAGAAGGAUGAAGCGGUACUGUCUGUUGGGACCUUAGCUGAUGAGAAAGCUAGAUUGGAGAGUGAUGUCACAGAGCUUCAGCUCUAUGCCGCCAACCAAUAUGACGAGGGCUUUUCUUUUGCCAUAGAAUAG